CGAGGUCUCACUAAAUAACACAAAGCUUGACAACUUCAAAGCACGAGCUACACAAGAGUUGAGCAGAAACACACUUUCAGCAGUUCACUUUAGACAUACCCAUCUGGAAUCUUUCACCUAUUUUCCCACAUAUGAAGAAAAAGAUAUGUCUGCGUCUAGACUGUCGCAAGAAAAAGGUUCUAUGUUUCAAGAACCUGAAGGAAAAUUGACAUAUGAAGAAUGGGAAUUAACGUGCUCAAUUUGCCUAGAAACAAUGACUCUUCCUUCAUUUGGGAAAUGUGCACAUUCUUUCUGUUUUCAAUGCAUAAGCCAGCAUGUACAAAUAUCGAGAUCAUGUCCAAUCUGUUACGAUUAUUUACAUGAGGACCUAAUAUUCUUUAAUAAGAAUUUAGAAUAUUUCAUAAGUGAAAAAAAAUUGAAAGAAAGUUGUGCUAAUACAAAAGGAUUGGGCAACAUUUUAAAUCAUAAUCGUAGAGAAAAGGAUUUGAAGAAAGCAGAGUCAAUGAGUGGGGUGGCUGCAAGAUUAGUAUUAAAGAGACUAGCAGACAGAUUAAACAAAGUCGAUAAGGAUAUAAAGAUUGUUGAAGAGGUAAAAGAGAGAAUAACAACUCAGUAUUGUCCUACACCAAAUAAACGUCCAAAAAGAGUAGCAAAAGAAACUAAAGUAGAAAAUACAAGUCUUAAAAAUUCUCAAGAAUCUAGUCAAUCAUGUUCUCUCAAUUUGACGCAGCUAUCAGCUUCAUUUAAAACUGCUCAGUUAAAAGUUGAAGAAGAUAGACCUCCGAAAGUUCACCAAGAAAAGCCAGUAGAAUCUCUUAGAUUAAAGGAAACAGUUAGGGAAGUCGUGAAAAUCGGAUCUGUUCAUACAAAGCAUAUAAGUGAAAUUAAGAAACACACCAUUCAAAGUUAUAAUUCUUUUGGGCCUGAAUAUGCUGCAAAAUAUGUAACUGAACUUCAUAACUCUAUUACAAAAUACGAUCUAAUUAAAUGCGUUCGGGGCUUUCACAUUGAUAAAGAAUUAAUUCCUAAUAUACCUAUAAUACCUUCUUUAGAUGUUGAUAAAGACAAUGUACUUCUUUGUGCGGCUGAUACAGCAAAGAACAUAAAUGUCUACUUUAUUCCUGAUUUAAUAUCAAAUAGAACUACCAACGAGAUUAGUCCUGCCUAUAUUCUUAAAGGCACUUGUAAUUUCUCUUCGUUAUCUUGGCAAUAUUUUCGAUCAGUUCUGGUUUCAGGAGAUAGAGAUGGUUGUGUAGCGAGUUGGGAUAUCAACCGUCAAAGCACUAUAAACAAAUAUCAAGAGCACCAUGGAAGAUGUUGGUCAGUUUGCUGUUCUAGUUUCUAUAAAAAUGUUUCUUUAACUGGAGGAGAUGAUGGACAGUUAAAAAUUUGGGAUUUUACAAUGAACUAUUCAGCUAGUACAAUAUCGGUGCCAAGUAAAGUUUUGAGUGUGAAGUUAAAUCCAUCUAAAGCCUGCGAAGCCUUAGUUGGACUAGCGAAUAAUAAACUAUUGUUUUAUGAUCUUAGAAAAUUUAGUUAUCCUUUGCUGGAAAUUAAAGCUCAUGAAAAAGCAGUUAGUUCUGCAAAAUAUUUAAAUGAAUUUGAAGUUGUUACAUCGUCAAAUGACGCUUCAAUGAAACUUUGGGAUAUUUCAAAUUUGAAUAAAGAUCUACAGCCAAUAAGAACCUUUUCUAAGCGAAGUAGCAAAAAAGAAAUGUGUUUCACUGGUCUCUGUUGCAACAAAGAUAUGAUUGCAUGUGGUACUGAACAAAACACUGUGCAAGUUUACCAUAAAAGUCUCUCAGACGUAUGGCUGGUCUAUAAAUACGUUGGUGAUUGUAACAUUGAACAUCCUUUGACUAUUUGUUCGGUCACAUGGGAUACUAAAAAUGAUAUUUUAUUUUCGGCAGAUCAUAUGUCAUUUUUGAAAGUUUUACAACUACACGAAACUUGUUAUGAUGAUUCUUAAAAAGCCUAUAAAUUUAUAUUUUUUUGCCAUUUAUUAUAAAAAUUGUUUAUUAAAAAAUGAAAAUAAAUUUGAUAAUCC